AGGGCGAGGCUGUGCCCUACAAAUUGCGCCCCAAUGACUCCCAUUGAAAGAGAGAAGAAAGAAGAAGAGAACCGAUUCCCUCUGCCAAUGACUUGCUGGUCAAGCAACUCUUGAACCCACCCAUCUCUCUCUCGCUCUCUCCCCUCUGCGUGAUUUCAACUCUCUCUCUCUCUUUCUCUCUAGAUUCUCUGUGGCGCCUUGCCAGUUGCUUCUCUCUCCUCUCUCUCUCCCCCCCCUCUCUCUCUCUAUCUCAGGAAUGGUGAUCGACGUGACCAUGAACGGCUUCGGGGCAGCAGCGGCGGUGGCGGCGUCGGAGAAGAGGCCGAAGACGAAGAUCGUCUGCACGCUCGGCCCCGCCUCGAGAUCCUUGGAGAUGAUCGAGAGGCUCCUCAGGGCCGGCAUGAACGUCGCCCGCUUCAACUUCUCCCACGGAUCUCACGCCUACCACCAGGAGACCCUCGACAACCUCCGCCGUGCCAUGGAGAACACCGGUAUCCUCUGCGCCGUCAUGCUCGACACCAAGGGCCCAGAGAUCCGAACUGGAUUUCUAAAGGAUGGGAAACCCAUUCAGCUGAAUCAGGGUCAAGAAAUCAAAAUAUCAACCGAUUACAGCAUAAAGGGUGAUGAUAAGAUGAUAUGCAUGAGCUACAAGAAGUUGGCCGAAGAUGUAAAGCCAGGAAUGGUCAUACUUUGUGCUGAUGGGACCAUUUCAUUCCAAGUUUUAUCUUGUGACACGGAGGCAGGUCUGGUUCACUGCCGCUGCGAGAACUCUGCAAUUCUCGGUGAGAGGAAGAAUGUCAAUCUUCCGGGUGUUAUAGUUGACCUCCCAACUCUGACUGAAAAAGAUAAGGAAGAUAUCUUGCAGUGGGGAAUUCCUAAUAAAAUUGACAUGAUCGCUCUUUCCUUCGUUAGAAAGGGCUCAGACCUCGUGGAGGUUCGUAAGCUACUGGGGAAGCAUGCCAAAAACAUUCUCCUUAUGUCUAAGGUUGAAAAUCAGGAGGGCGUGGCAAAUUUCGAUGAUAUUCUGGCGAAUUCUGAUGCAUUUAUGGUUGCACGUGGCGACCUAGGAAUGGAAAUCCCAAUUGAGAAGAUCUUCUUAGCACAGAAAGUGAUGAUAUACAAGUGCAACAUCCAAGGAAAGCCGGUCGUGACAGCGACCCAGAUGUUGGAAUCGAUGAUCAAAUCGCCACGGCCAACUAGAGCCGAAGCAACCGAUGUUGCUAAUGCAGUUCUUGAUGGCACAGACUGUGUGAUGCUGAGUGGAGAAACCGCUGCUGGAGCUUAUCCCGAGCUUGCUGUUCGAACCAUGGCCAAGAUUUGUGUGGAAGCAGAGAGCACUCUCGACUAUGGAGAUGUCUUCAAGCGUAUUAUGGAGCAUUCUCCGGUCCCGAUGAGCCCACUAGAAAGCUUAGCUUCAUCUGCUGUUAGGACGGCCAAUUCUGCCAAAGCAGCGGUCAUUCUGGUCCUCACAAGGGGCGGGAGCACUGCGAAACUGGUGGCCAAGUACAGGCCGGAGAUGCCAAUACUAUCCGUGGUUGUUCCUGAGAUCACAACUGACUCCUUUGACUGGUCGUGCAGUGAUGAAGCUCCAGCCAGGCACAGUCUCAUUUUCCGAGGUCUGGUCCCAGUCCUAUGCGGGGGGUCCGCGAGAGCUUCCUCUGAGGAGACAACUGAGGAAUCGCUCGAGUUUGCCAUCCACCACGCCAAGGGAAAGGGGCUCUGCAGGAGUGGAGACUCCGUCGUGGCCCUUCACCGCAUAGGGAACUCGACAGUGAUCAAGAUCUUGACGGUGAAGUAGGGGAUCCCGUAAACUUCACUUUCUGGUGGGGUGCUUCAUGGUGGAUACACGAUUUAAGAAGAAACGCUAUAGUUUGUUUUUUCUUUUCUCAUUUUUGGAUCAAGGGUAUGCCCUCAGUUCAGACAUGUUACAUCAACAAACAUCACGUUGCAGCCACGUGAUUUUUGGGUACAUGAACUACCGGUUUUUCGAUUUAUAAUUAGCAAGGGUUCGUGUUCUUUCUUGCUGCAAGCACAGCAAGUGCUGGUUAUGUCUCAUGUGGGAAUCGAUUUAUAGAGACAUUAACGUC